CGAACAUCGCAACAAGAACGGCUCCGUAAAUCGAGAAUCCUGCUUUAUCGGCGGCGCAGCUAAAAGCACCACCCGCUCUUCCACCGUCAAAAGAGUGCUAAUCCGAAACGCCUGAACCGAGAAUCUCGGCAGCGCAAUCAACAUGGCCUCAACAGAAGAUCCGCUGCUGCUGCUGCGGCAGUCAAUUGCGGCUGAUGGCAAGAUCAUCCCAACCACAUCGCCCGACUCGUCCGAGGAAGCGCCCCUCUCCAAGGCGACGCAUCUCGUAUUCACACAUCCGACUCGCAUCGCCGUCCCCAUUGAUGCCCCAACGCGCUUCACAUCGACCGAGGGCAAGGCCGUCGAUGUGCGCUCCAUCUACUUCGCCUGGCUGAACCGCGACUUUGCCAUCCCCGAGUAUAAUGCCGUUGCCACCAAGCUCAACGAAGAAAUGGCCGGUGCCACUGCCGUGCACAUGUUUGCCUUUGUCGAGCGUCUCGUGCUGUUUACCUUUCUUGAGGGCGCCCAGGAAGAGAGCGAGUUCAUCAAGCCUUUACCCGGCGAUAAGGACGUCGCGACAGGGGUCGGUGCUGCGGCCGCCGGGGUAACGCUGAAGGCGGCUCCGGCUGCGUUGGGCCGCUCAGGACGCGGCACGCUGGACCCGCGGCUGGCCCAGAUCUACAAUGGGGAGCGCCGCAUGGGCGAUCGGAAUACCAUCCUCAGGGGCAUCAAGCCGACUGACUUCUCCCACGUGCGCAAGCUCGCCUCACCCUUCAUGACGCGCAAGCCGGGCGGGCCACCCCUCGCCGCCGGCGUCGGCGCCAACCCCUCCCUCCCGCUCAACCAGAAGCCCGCACGCCGCCCCGACCCCAUCAUCCUCCUCUCCCCGUCCGCCUCAGCCCUCCUGCGCAUGUCCAACGCCAAAACCUUCCUCGAAGGCGGCCGGUACACGCCCCCAGACCAUAACUCGACAUCGACCAUGCUCCACAUCUCGCGCAUCAUCAAGGACAUCGACCCGUCGCGGCCAAUGCGCUUCAUCCUAGUUGAGGGCCCCGAGCAGUUCAAGCCCGAGUACUGGAACCGCGUGGUGGCCGUGUUCACGACGGGCCAGGCGUGGCAGUUCAAGAACUACCGCUGGAGCAACCCGGCCGAGCUGUUCAAGCACGUGCUGGGCGUGUACCUGGGGUGGCGCGGCGAGGAGCCGCCCGAGUCGGUGCGCGCGUUCGGCCACAAAGUGCUCGCGUGCUCGGUCGAAAAAUGGCGCGACCCGGGGCAGCCGGGGGCCGAGACGAGCCGGUGGCGGGACCGCGAGGUCGUCGAGGCCAUCUGGAAGGCCAUCGAGGCGAAUAUGAGGGCCAAAGGCUGGCGCAAGGACGCCGCGCCUAGCUCGAUUUAAGGGGGGGG